AUGUUUUUCCUUUGUUUUAGCCUUUUUUCGAAUACUGUCAAUCUUACAGACAGACUAAGUGGUAACUGGCAAGUUACUAUUACACGUGCUACAUCAUCCCUCACAGAUAAAGAACCUGAAGUCUUAUACCUUUAUCAACGUUCAGAAUCUAAAAUGGAACUCACAACAUUAGAAAACGAAACAAUUGCAGAAAUUCCAUUCACUUGGAUCAAUAUCACUUAUUUGCAAUUCACAUUAGACGACAUUAAAUUUGACUUUCCAUUUUCAAUGGGUUUCCCAUUUAAUGACAUUAUAUCGAAUUAUUUUAUCAAAGUUACUCAUUUAACUCAGACAGAUAUUCAUGCACUUGUAAUUGACCAAGAACAAAAACAAUUAUUCAACUUAGAUUUCGCUAAAAUUGAUAUCACACAACAACAAUCAUCUAUAUUCCAGAGUCCUCUGAUGCUUGGAGUAGUAUUUUUCAUUGCAAUGCGCAUAUUACCGCGUUUAUUUGGUGCAGGCGGCCAACGGAAGCAGAAACCAGCUACGAAACAGGAAGAACAUAAUGAACCUUCAAAAUUAGAAGAAAAAGCUGAAAAAGACGAAAAAGAAAAUACAGAAGUUUCAGAAAAAGAAGAAUCUUCUGUACAUGAAUAUAAACCAGAAGAUGAACCCAAAGAAAAUGAAGGCAAAAUAGAAUAA